CAAAAAAAAGCUGAAGAAGACACCAUAACAAGAAAAGAAGCAAGAAUAUAAAGAGAAGAGAGAAAGAGAGAGAGAAUAGCUAGCUAGCUUAAUUAUUAAAAGAGAAGCAAUACACAAACAUAUUAGACAAAAGACAUGUAUAGAUUUAGCAACACAGUCAUUGGUUUCUUGAAUCUCUUCACUCUCUUAGCCUCCAUACCAAUUAUUGGUGGUGGGUUAUGGAUGGCAAAGAGCAGCACAACUUGUGAAAGUUUCCUUCAAACCCCACUUCUGGUUGUGGGUUUUGUGGUGCUCAUAAUUUCACUGGCUGGCUUCAUUGGAGCUUGUUUUCAUGUAGCUUGGGCACUUUGGGUGUACUUAGUGGUUAUGUUGUUUCUUAUUGCAGCCUUAAUGGGGUUAACUAUAUUUGGGUUUGUUGUGACUAGUCAAGGUGGAGGUGUUGAAGUGUCUGGCAAGGUGUACAAGGAGUAUAGGCUUGAAGAUUAUUCUCCUUGGUUGAGAGAUAGGGUUAAAGAUCCUGACUACUGGAGAACAAUUAGAAGUUGCAUUUUGGGUUCCAAAACUUGCGCCAAGCUUGCUUCUUGGACUCCUCUUGAUUAUAUGGAGAAAGAUAUGUCUCCUGUUCAGUCUGGAUGUUGCAAGCCACCAACAGCAUGUAACUACAACAUGGCAACAUUGGUGCCACAAGACCCAGAUUGCUAUAGAUGGAACAAUGCCCCAACUUUACUAUGUUAUGAAUGUGAUUCUUGCAAAGCUGGAGUGCUUGAAGAUGUGAGAAGGGAUUGGCACAAGCUCUCAGUCCUAAAUAUUGUGAUGCUUCUUAUUCUAAUUGGAAUCUAUUCAGUUGGAUGUUGUGCUUUUAGAAAUACAAGAAGGGCUGAAACUGGUUACCCUUAUGGAGAAAAUAGGAUGAGCAAAGUCAGGCCCAGAUGGGAUUAUCAUUGGUGGAGAUGGUGGCAUGACAAGAGAGAAGAACUUUGGUAGUAGUAAAAAAAGGUCAAAAAGUAAAAAAAAAAAAAAGGCUAAUUUAAUAUGGUGCUUUUGCAAAUUCUGUGGUCAAUGUUUGAUGGUGAUUAAAAGAUGAGACAAUUCAGUUGUUUAGAAGUCUUCUCUUGCUUUCUUUCCUUUUCUUUGUACAAAGAUGGAUUUCACUUUUACUGUCCAAAGAUUUUUAUGCCCCUUUCACUUUA